GUUUACUUAGUUCUGGCAUGUAACGUAGCGCUGCAUUUCGAUUCCAUAUAGGGCUUAUAUUUUAUCUCCUACUACGCCUCCCUAUCACGCCUAUCCUAUACUACUACGUUAUAUGUUCUUAUUUUCAGAAAAUAUACAUUUCUUCAACAGCGAGAUUUACCUCUUUAGUCUGCAAUGUAGUUGAGGAUAAAUUUCGGUGUUCGUUCAACAUUAUGUCUUUAUUAGCCAAACCAAUUUCCAAAUGUUGGGUUAUCCGAGAUUCUACUGAAACAAGGAAGCAGCAGCAGAAAUAUUAUUUAUACUCGAAAACAUCAAAGUUGGCUGAUUAUGAGCGAAAUGUUAGUCGCAAUAUCCACAAGUAUAAUGCAUACCGUAAAGCGGCGUCAACUCUUGCGGCACACCCUACACGUGUCAAAUCUGGUGCAGAAGCUCGAAAGCUGCCGGGAGUGGGAGAAAAAAUUGCCAAAAAGAUAGAUGAGUUCCUGGAGACAGGGAAGCUGCGGAAAGUGGAAAAUAUUAGAAAUGAUGAUUCUUCAAAAGCAAUAAAUGAGUUAACAAGAGUUUCAGGUAUAGGACCAGCAAAAGCAAAAGAACUUGUUGAUUCUGGUAUUAAAAGCAUUGAAGAUUUAAAGAAAAACAAAGAGAAACUUAAUCAUCACCAGCUUAUUGGGUUGAGGUACUUAGAAGACUUUGAGAAGAGAAUACCCAGGGAAGAGAUCCAACAGAUUGAAACUGUAAUUAAGAAACAACUUGCUGACAAUGAUGAAAAGUAUGUGGCAACUAUAUGUGGAAGUUACAGGAGGGGAAAGGCAGAUAGUGGAGACAUUGAUGUGCUAGUGACUCAUACUGACUACAUGUACACCACCAGAGAUAAGAGCCACAAUAAAUCAAAAGUGUUCAAAGAUGUUGUUGCAUCUCUGGAGAAAUGUGGUCUCAUUGUUGAUACCAUUUCACAAGGUGACAGUAAAUUCAUGGGCGCAUGCAGGUUGUCUGGAGUUCAAAAGACAUCCAAAGAGACACCAGUGAGACGACUGGACAUCCGUUUUAUACCAUAUGAUCAGUUCUACUGUGCUAUCCUGUAUUUCACAGGUUCAGACUUGUUCAACAAAGAGAUGAGGACACAUGCUCUGUCAAAGGGCUUUACACUGAAUGAAUAUUCAUUACGUCCUGUUGGAAGCACAGGUGUGGCUGGUGAACCGAUUCCCAUUACUAGCGAGGAGGACAUUUUUAACUGCAUUGACUUUAAGUAUAGGAAACCAGAAGAAAGAGACUGGUGAACAGAACUGCUCAGGACAGCUCUAGAGAACACUGAUGUACUUAUAUAAUAGGAAUAGAAACCCAGUACUUAUACAUGUCUUUGCUUAAAACUUUCGAUUGAGAGAUUGUCUGAUAAACUGUAUUAAUUUAGCACAUUGUAAU